AGUAUACACGUUAAAGCACUGAGAUACGCAGAACGAUCAAAAACUGAACUGUGCCCGUUCAUAGACUCUCGGGACCACGAGUAUAGUCGGUAGUAUUCGGGGUGUAAUGGUCAAAACAGGAUAUGUUUGGGAUAGGAUAAGGAAGUAGGGACAUCGGUCAAGAUAAAAAAAUAAGGAAGACUCGCGAAGCAAGUCCGGCAUCCCUACUCCGCGAAUGUCGGCGCCUUGGCUCGGCGACGUCGCCUUUCUCUCGGUCCCAGGGUCCGUAAAGAGGCCCCAUUCACAGUCCCUGUAUUCUCCUCUCCCUCCUUCUUGCUUACCUGGCAACCUCACCUAAACAGCCAUCUUGAACCACACGCCACAUUAUCGUGGCUCCGUUCUCUUUAAUCGUAAGACGUAUUUUCCAUCCGUCGAGGUGAUCAAACGUCGCGUCGAUUCGCAGCGAGCACCAAAUACGCGUGCUGAUGCAACCGACUGACUAUCGUCUUCCGUAACCGUCGUUACUUUUCAUCCUCGGUCAGUUCCACAUUCGUUUCGCGAUUUCCUACGCGGGCGGAGCGAGCUUUCAUUCCUCGGUAGCAAACAGUUCAUUCUCCCCAGUUUCGUGUGAAUCGCAUUAUCAAUAUCGGUUCCUUGACUCCCGUUAUCAAGUGUCCAUCUGGGAAAGAGAAUUACCGAGAGAACGAGACCCUGUGCACGAGUGAAACUGACUAACUGUGAAUCGUGUAAAGAAAGAGAGAGCAGAAGACCGCGAGGAAAGACGGACCGUACUUUCCCGGGUGAACAUUCUCAUCCGAUGUGAGUAAAUGUCACGGACUGUAUUGGCACCGAUUUUGACGUGAGAACGAACAGGAGGCCGCAGUUGUGGGAUCGGUGAUGAAGAAACGCUGAGAACGGUCAACAAUUCCGGAACAAGAUGGGCUCAAAGAUAGAAUACGUGGAAUCCUCCCACAUGUACGCGACGAAUUACAUCCGCAACUCGAAGGCGAUCGGUGUCCUCUGGGGCAUCUUCACCAUAUGCUACGCCAUUAUCGGCGUCGUGGCCUUUGUCACCCCGGAAUGGCUCGGCGACCUGGAACACGAGAAUCCGGGAAGGUUUGGCCUCUGGACGAGGUGCAACUACGGUGGAAAUGGUGAAUUAGGCGAGGAAUGCAUCGGCAGAUUGGACGACCUGUCGACCAUUGCAAACGUCCCAUUUAGAGCCAGCACCAUUUUAGUUGGCAUUGCUGUCAUAAUCGCCCUAUUAACGAUCUGCGCGAUGCUGUUGUUCUUCUUCUGUCAGAGCACGACUGUGUUUUAUCUCUGCGGCUGGAUGCAAGUCGUUUCAGCGAUAUGCAUGGCAAUCGGAGUUUGUAUCUACCCCUUAGGGUGGGAUUCGCCGUUGAUCCGUGCUGUCUGCGGCGCAGCCACGUCCAGAUACAAUCCAGGAGCUUGCGCUGUUAGGUGGGCGAUACCGUUAGCAGCGAUCGCCGCUUUGGACGCCGCUACUUUAGCCGCGCUGGCCUUUAUUUUAGCGUCCAGGCACGUAAGACUUCAACCGGAGCCUUUCAACAACGGUUCCUUGUACAAAGGCGAAGUGAAUCCGGGAUAUGUGAACGAGGCGCAGAGCGUGGCUGGCUCCCGGAAAUCCCUUUCCUUGCGGCCGGUCCUCCUGGUCGCCCCGCCGGAGCAGGAUCGCUACAGCGAGCUGUCUAGGGCGAAGUCUCACUCACAUCACAGCCUCUACACACCGGCACCGUCGCAUCCGGCUCAUACGAUGUCGACGAACACCCUGAAUCAUUCCCAGCACAAUUUCCAAUUGUAGACUCUAUCACGUUCGAUUCGAUGCAACACCGUUGUACAUUGUACAUACACGAGCCAUCGUUCUGCCACGAGUACUUUGCUAUAGUGAACUCCAUUCGUAUACAUUUCAAAAUUAGAUAACUGUCUUAAUAUUGGAUUUAAUGAAUUAAUUUUUUUUUGGUGUAGUGAGAUUAGUCUGCUAUAUGAUGUGUGUUUUUAACCGCGUGUUUUCUCUCGUUGCAACUCAAGUUACUACAUAAAGGGUUAAACGUUAUAGUGGUUUAAGGCACUUUCGGAACUUAAAGGUCCCGGAAAUAGUACCGCUGUUCUCUUUACAUGCCUACAGUGCGUGCUGUUAUCAGUUAACUUGACUGGAAAGGGACUUACACUAUCAAGGCUUUUAUCCUUUCAUAUGGAGUAUAAGUAUUCCUUCUCAGGGACGAUUUUUAUGAAAUUUUAUUACGAUACGCUGAAACAUAAUUAUAUAUAUAACAACCAAAAUCAACGUAGUCCAAAUAAACUAUUGACAUAUAUAACUUUUGACAAAUUUAUUUUUCACAAUCUGAUUGCUCGAAUGGAUUUGGAAAAAUUGUAGAGGAAAUGUUGAUAGUCUACUUUUGUAAUUCGUAUACAACAAUGUUUUUAGUGCAGUUUCUCUAGAAUUUUUUCCUAUAGAAUCUAUUCGUGCAAUUAUCUUUUGAAAAUAUUCACUCAAGUUCAAUAUUAAAGAAGUUAUUCAAUUUUGAAAUGUGUACGCGUAUUUAUGGACUUCACUGUAUAUUGAUAUUACCAUAGCUGUAAGAACUAUUGUACAUACAUAACGAUCUUUGGAUUUUGUUCUUUUAUACGUUUCAAUAUAAUUAGUAUUACGUCGA